AUGCCCCACCACCAGAAACAUCACUAUCAGGUGGACUGCGCCAAGGCGCACAAGGGCCUUUUUACGGGCAUCUUCCUCAUGGUCAUCUGCAUCAUCUCCCUCAUUCUCUUCUUCGUCUUCAUCAAGAAGGACCAGUUUCGCAAUUUGGCGGUGCUGCAGGCGCACAUUGUGGAGCUCUUUAUCUACUGCAUCAACGCCAUCGCCUGUCUGAUUGCNAAACAUCACUAUCAGGUGGACUGCGCCAAGGCGCACAAGGGCCUUUUUACGGGCAUCUUCCUCAUGGUCAUCUGCAUCAUCUCCCUCAUUCUCUUCUUCGUCUUCAUCAAGAAGGACCAGUUUCGCAAUUUGGCGGUGCUGCAGGCGCACAUUGUGGAGCUCUUUAUCUACUGCAUCAACGCCAUCGCCUGUCUGAUUGCCUUCUUUCAGGUCCGCGAGCUGAACUACAACCGCCGUCGAGGCGUCGAGCUGGACAACAUCCUCCUCAUAAUCGCCCAAUCUGGCCUCUGCAUCUUCACCAUGUUCAGCAUCAUCGGGGCGCAGUUCAUCAGCCAGCUGCAGAACACCCGCCUGGUGCUGAUCAACGCCUUUGCCUGUCUCAUUCAGUCGAUGCUGCAGUCGGUCUUCAUCCUCGACGCCAGCAAGCGAAAGGCGAGCACGGCGGACCAGGUCCGCCGGAAGCCAGGCCGGGAGAUGGUCACCUUUCUGCUGGUGUGCAACUUCAGCAUGUGGGCGAUUAAUACGCUGGAGACGAGGCGGGCGGAGUCGAACCCGGUGCAGAUGAGCUUUUAUGGAUUUUGGGCCUGGACCAUCAUCACGCACGUCUCCACCCCGCUGACCAUCUUCUACCGCUUUCACUCGACCGUCUGUCUGUGUGAGAUCUGGAAGGGCACCUACAAGAUCAAAUCGGAGUAUCUGUGA